AUGCCGGCAGACCUCUUGCCGUGGCUCAAGCUCCCACCCAACAUGUCUGUGAGCGCUGGCUUUCUCAUGGAGGCGACGGCCGAUCUCGUCAAGCCAUGGAGCGUCGUCAUGCACAUCCUCCCCGAGGCGACGUGUCAAGCGCGUCUCGAGGCGCUGCCGCGCAUGCUCGCGUUUGUCGUGGACGGCGAGUCGUUUGCUCUUCCGACAAGCGCGCUCUUGGAGCACGAGGCGAGUUACUUUUACGCGGUCGUGCUGCACCAGCCGUACGCCAUCGACAAGGCGGGCGCGGCCGUGUUUGCGCUGCAGGUGCAUUUGCCGCCAGCACUCUUUGGCCGAGUUAUCAAGUACCUCUUGUACAAGCACCUCGACACGCGCGACUUGUCGGCGACCAAUAUCACGCUCCUGCACUGCACGCUCAAGUUUUGGUGCAUCAAGUGGUUUGAGCGGUCCCCGACUCUCUUUUCGUUCGACGCGACGCUUUCCUCGGCCAAGAUUGCGCUGCUCGAGAAGAACAAAGCAGCGUCUCUUCCAUACGAAGGCGAUUAUGACUUUGAGUGGGCCUUCGGUGCAAACGCCGUCACGCGCUUCUCGGUCUUGCUCGGCGACAUUGGUGGCGACGUGCUCGUGGGGCUCGGCCCACGCGAACCGCACGUCGAGCCUGGCAAUUUUCCAGGCUGGUUCAUUCACGUCCAAGCCUCUGAGAAGGCGUACGUUCUGCACAAGGCCAAAUCAUUCGCGUACAUGGAGAAACGCCCCGUGACGUUUGAGCGCGGCGAUAUCCUCACGCUCGACGUCGCCUUCCGCCUCGAGGCGCGCGACGUACAGCAGCCACUGUUCCCGUCGAUUGGGCUGCGCCCAUGUGUCGAUAAGCUAGGUACCCGACACGGCUGCCACGUCGCGUUUUACGGCUAA